AUGGACGUCAGGGACGUUUCUAAUGUCGGCGACUUUGCCUCCUUAAUGGAACGGCUCCAAGCUGCCGCGGAACGAGGUGGCCGCAGAAAAGGAUACGUUCCUCAUGAUCAUCCUCCCCCCGAUGUGUUGGUGAUGCAGUUCAUGCUGGCAAGAUCAAUGCGCAUAUCACGCCCGGCAACUUCUAGUGGAGGGUCGAAUAUUGCAACUACUCAGGUUCCACCGGCAUAUCUGCCCUGUAUCCAGCCUGUCAACGAGCUAAAGCCUCUGCCAAUCUCCAAGAUGAGGUUGGAAGAGCACCACCGAGGCAAGCUCGUCAUCGUACGGACAAUGACGCCCACGGAUCAGAUCAACGCAAUCAUGGCCAUUGCUGAGGACAAGGCCGGCACCGCCGUCUUACUCCAACUUUACAACCAGCCGGAUCAUAGGGUUAUGCAACCUGACGACAUAUUCCCGGAAGGCAGCAUCUGCCUCAUCAAGGACCCGUUCUUCAAGGCGACUACCGAUGGCAAAUACAGUUUACGAGUGGACCACGUUGACGACAUCAUCCUACUACCCGAGGGCGACGAACGCAUCCCGUCGCAGUGGAAGACGUGGACUCCUAGUGCCAAUUCCGAGAAGAUCCGGCAGCAAGGAAACAAUGCUAUAUUCAAGGCAUUCGACUCUGCUGCCACGCCUGAACAUAAGCGUGCAGCGCUCCUUAACCGUUCCUUGGCAAACCUCAAGCUUCAUCGCCCGGAGAAGGCACUGAGCGAUGCCAUUGAGAGCCGACAGGACAAUGACCCAACCGAGAAAGGACUGUUCAGAGAAGCCAAGGCCCACUACGCGCUGGAACAGUUCUCGCUCUGCGCCGAGAAGCUACGUCAAGUUGUUAUCCUGAACCCCGAAAACCGUGACGCAGGGAAGGAACUGGAGCGGACUAUGUGCCGUAUUCGUGAGCAAGAUCAGGGGAUCUACCAGUGGAAGCACAUGCACGACCAGGCCAAGGCCACCCCCCCUACAAUCGACUGUGCGACCUACACUGGUCCUGUCGAGGUGCGCCAAUCCCCUGGACGUGGACGAGGGCUCUUCACAACCAAGCCCGUGAAGGCUGGUGAACUUCUUCUCUGCGAGAAAGCCUUUGCAUACAGCUAUGCUGGCGACGACGAUACUGUCAGUCGCCAGAACAUCAAGAUACUUAUGAGCUGGGACACAAAGAGGAUGACGAUGGGUGGGCAGGCAGAUCUUCUUUCCGGCCUUGUACAGAAGCUCCAUCACAAUCCCCAGACUGCCUCCCGCUUCUUUGACUUGUAUCGCGGAAAGUAUCGACUAGACGAGACUGCAGAGCAGAUUGGAACCGUGGUAGAUACGUUCCUUGUCGCGAAGAUCAUAGGUCUUAAUUGCUUCGGUGCACCGCGAGCAUCCGUCCUCCACUUGACUGAUACGGGAGUUCAACAAGGAAGCUAUACCACCUGCGGCAUUUGGACUCAAGCGUCCCACAUCAAUCACUCAUGUGUCGGCAACUGUCGCCGCUCGUUCAUUGGAGACGUGAUGGUGGUGCGAGCUUCGAGAGACAUGGACGCCGACACGGAGUUGCUGAUCAGCUACCGGCCGCCUGAUGAAUGUGCGAGCUAUGAUGAAACUCAGAAGCAUCUAAAAAAUUGGGGGUUCACUUGCCGAUGUGAGCUGUGCGAAGAGAAGAAGUCGAUCUCGAAGCAGACUUUCCAAAAACGCCAAGGGCUUUUCCGAGAGUUGAAGAGCACCAUGAAAGCUUGCAGGACUCUAGCUCAAGAGUCCAAGGCACAACAGCUAAUUGGCCAGCUCGAGGAGACUCACGCCGCCGGAAAAGGAUCUUACCGUCUGGAACUAUGGGACUCGUACCUUGCGCUCGCCCAGAAGCGACUGGACAGGGGAAAACACUUAGAGGCUCUCGAGUUGUCCAUCAAGAGUCUCGAGGCUCGUGGCUUCAUUCUCGAGGCUAGCCGGGCUGUAAAAGCAUCAGGCAAGCGCAAUCUAAGGAUCAUCAAAUGGGGUCCACCUGGCGAGCAUAUCGUAACGGCCUUCCUCGUCAUGUUCCAUGUGUACAAGAUUGUGGCCCCUGAGCUAUGCGCACCGGCGAGGCAAUAUGCUAGGACGGCUUACGCAAUCUGCUACGGAGAGAAUGACAGUAUUGGGAAGGUAUUUGAGGAGCUUGUGUGA